UGCUCUGCUUUUGUAGUCAUUUGGUCCUAACUCUGCAUACCAGCCCGCGCCUCCCCUCCUUGGGCACCAAGAAUUUAAACACAAACACAAUCUAAAAUCUUAGCAGAGACCUUGAGGCACCAGCUAUGGCUGGAGGAGAUGAGCUGACGCUGCUUGGCUUCUGGGGGAGCCCGUUCGUUCUGCGAGUGAGACUAGCUCUCAGCUUCAUGGGUCUGAGCUACCAGUACCUCGAGGAGGACCUCAAGAACAAGAGCGACCUCCUCCUCAGCUCCAACCCGGUGCACAAGAAGGUCCCCGUGCUCAUCCACAACGGCAAGCCCAUCUGCGAGACCCAGAUCAUCCUUCAGUACCUCGACGAGGUUUAUGGUGGCAACAGUUGUCCCUCCCUCCUCCCUGCUGACCCGUACGACCGUGCCAUGGCUCGCUUCUGGGCUGCUUACAUCGACGACAAGCUGCUGAGCUCGUUUCUGAUGACGAGCACUGGGAAGACGGACGAGGAAAGGGCGGAGGGGAGGAGGCAAUCGUCUGCCGCUGCGGAGGUCCUCGAGGGGGCACUCAAGGAGUGCUCCAAGGGGAGGCCAUUCUUCGGAGGCGAUAGCGUCGGCUACGUCGACAUCGUGCUCGGAGGCUUCGUCCCAUGGCUGCGCCUGAUCGACCGCUCUACGGGCUCGAAGCAGUUUGAUGCCGGCAAGACCCCGCUCCUGGCAUCGUGGCUGGAGCACUUCGGCUCGUUGGACGCCGCCAAAGCUGUCAUGCCGGACUUGGAGAGGCUGGUUGCGCUCAGCAAGAUGAAUCAGGCCUAGUAAACAGCAAGGAAACUGAAGUUGCAGAGGGUGUGGGUAUUUGCUGCUUGCAGUACACGAUUGCUGUUCGAGGGAAAAAAAUGAAGAAUUUAUCAUUGCGCGUAUACAGAAAAAAAAUCGAGUUUUUUUUAUACAUUUUCUCGUACUAAUUACAUUGUCGGUGGUUCCCCUAAUGAACCGUUGUAUGCACUAUUAGUUUUCUUUCAUGUCAGCGUGAUCCUCCUGUCCUCACUCAUCUUUUGUUUUUCAUUAGUUGUUACUAGCCUAUCAACUCGUGGAACUGCAUAGGCAAGUAAUUUAUAGUUAUAUA